CCACAUGACCGCUUGAUGUGCUUUAAAAGGCCAGCAGCAGACUCACUGCUUCCAACGCAGCCUCCAGCCAGCAGCCUACACCAAGCAGCCUCCACCAAGCAGCUUCCACCCAGCAACCUCCACCAAGCAACCUCCACGGGUACCAUGAAAACUCUCCUCCUUCUCGCCGGACUCGUCGUCUUCUCGGCCGCCGUGCCAAUUCCUGUCCCCUACCACGCCUUCUGCAGGACUCUCUGGCUCUUUAGCGCGCCUUGUGUGGAGGUGAGCACCAAAGUGGUGCAGCAGAUCCAGUCCUUCAACCCUAUGUUCGGCUGCCCCAAAUGUCACUACACGCUUGUGUCAGGCACUCCUGUGGGCAUCAACGCCAACCACACCUCCGCAGACGGCCUCCAGGUGGAGAAUAUCACCUUCACCUUCAGUCCCACCGUGCUGACCGGAGGCUGUCGUGUUGCCGCUCAGUCCAUGUCUCUGGGAUUCACCAGCCUUCUGGACAACGGCCUCAACUACUGCAACCUCUAUGAUCUCCUCUCAGCGAGCGGACUGGCGAGUGGACCGGGCUUCAUGGAGAUGACCAACGAGUGGGCCUGCCUGGGCUACGGACUCGCCACCUGCAAAAACUAACAUAUCUUUUUUAAUUGGGAUUUUUCGCCUUUUUAGGAAAACGAGAAACAUUUUUCUUGGCUUCUUGUUUUAGUCCAUGUUCUGUUUUCAUGAAUGUACUCCAGCGCCAUCUAGUGGAUGCUGUAUGUUCAAUGUCUUUGAUGGUCCAUUCACAACUCUCUUUCUAUCUUUUGCAUCCAUUUGCAUAGAACACAUGAAUGGCUGAUGGACAAAGUCAACAAUUCUUCAUGAAAUGUAUUGACUCAAUAAAAAAGCUGCUUUGCAAGAUUAACAUUGA